AUGACUGCACGCCAUCUCUUGGAUAUGUUGAACCAGUCUAUAAGUCGUCCUCACGUACCUGAUGGUAACCACGCAUUUUGGAACACUCAGCCCGUGUGUAAAUUUACCGAUGAGGUGACAGCCGAUCUCUACAACUUGUUGAACGAGAACUAUGUUGAGGAUGGCGAGAGUAUGUUCCGUUUCGAUUACAAACCUGCUUUCCUUCACUGGGCCAUGACCCCUCCCGAUUACAAGGAGACCUGGCACGUAGGUGUUCGAGUACGAUCAUCUAAGCGUAUGGUUGGGUUUAUCAGCGGUGUUCCUGCCCGGGUAAGUGUUCUCGGUCGCAUACUGAACGUCGCUGAGAUCAACUUUCUCUGCGUUCACAAGCAGUUGCGUUCCAAGCGUCUGGCCCCCGUGUUAAUUAGGGAGGUCACGCGUCGUGUAAAUCUAUGUAACGUUUGGCAAGCUGUAUACACUGCCGGCGUUUUAAUUCCCAAGCCCAUUGCCACAUGCCGUUAUUGGCACCGUCCACUUGAUAUCCGCAAGCUAAUAACUGCGCGUUUCUCUUCAAUUGGUGACCGUAUGACCGUAUCCCGUGCACAACGUUUGUAUAAGUUACCUGAUAUUCCUGAUGUCAUCGAUAUGCGUCCUAUGGAGGCCAGUGAUAUCGAUGGCGUGUUUAAUCUGCUCCAAAAACAUCUUGAUACUUAUAAGCUCCAUCCAGUGUACACCCGUUGUGAGGUGGAGCACUGGUUCUUGCCCAAAAAAGAUAUAGUAUACACCUAUCUGAAAACAGAUGAGGGCGGCGCUGUAACAGAUAUGUUGAGUUUCUAUUGUUUGGAAUCCACGGUGAUAAACAACCCGAGGGUCAGCCAUAUAAAGGCGGCAUAUUCCUACUACAACGUCGCCACAACGAUCUCUUUUAAGCAUUUAAUGGAAAUGGCAUUGCAAUUUGCAUUAGAAGAAGGGUUUGAUGUCUUCAAUGCGCUUGAUAUAAUGGACAACGCUCCUAUUUUUGAGGACCUCAAGUUUGGUGAAGGAGACGGUGGUCUCCACUACUACAUAUUCAACUGGCGUAUCCCCAAUGUAAAACCGUCUGACGUGGGCAUCGUUUUGCUAUAA